GCGGCCCUUAGAUUACCCACAAAAAGUCACGAGUUCCCUCAAAAGCCUCUGAGUUCAGCACCGAAAACCCUUGUUGCUUCUCUUCUCCCAUUCAAUUUUCUGCAAUUUUUUUUUGGGUGAAGAGUGAUAUGGAAAGAGUAAUUGAGAAAGAUAUUGGUAGUAGUAGUACUAGUAAUAGUAAAGCAAUACCAGAUUCAGUGAGGGAAGCAGUGAAAAGAACCUCGAAAAACAUUGACGAUUUGAGUAGUAAUGUAGAUGAAUUCCUGUCUCUUUAUGGCGCUGAUGUUUUUCCCGAGAUGGGUCCUCUACAACAAGCUCAAUCUUUGAUUUUGCUAGCUAAAGCUACAACAACACUCUUUGCAUUGAGGCUUAGAUGUAAAGGGAUCAACCCAGAUGAACAUUCUGUCAAAUUAGAGUUUGAACGUCUGAGCUUGUUCCAAGAGAAACUGCAGGAAUUGAUGGACUUGAAUAAAGCACCAUUGCGACCAUCAGCAAGGAUAAAUCCGCAAGGUGCGACUCGAUUUAUUGAGCAUUCGUUGCCUGAUCUUACACCUGAGCAGAGGAAAAACAUGAGAGAAAUCAGUAAAGGUGACGGGCCUAGGAUUAAGUAUCUGGAAAGAGUUGUUCAUAAGAAGAGGAAGUAUCCUGAGCAGCAAUCUGUCCGAACUGCUACCCAGGAGUUUCUUGAGAAAGCUGCCCGUGAGCUUCUUGGUGAAAACCAGAGUGGUUUUAAGGGACCGUUACAACUGCCUGAGGGUGAUGGCGAAGACGUACUAUGAGCUGAUUUUGUGAAAUUCUUUUUUGCUGACGAAGCCAUGAAGGUGCGCACCAGAUUUAGUGCUGAUGAUCUUUUCAAGCGUCUUAUUCAAGUUCCAGCCUAUGACGAAGAUGCUCAGAUUGUACACAAGCUUUGCAGCAAUUGCUACUUUUGCCGCUGAUCGCUGAUGCAAGUUAAAAUUUAAUAGAGUUUGCUUUCGGUAUUCAGCUAUGAAUCCAAAGUUGCUCCUUAUUUUUCUGUAAGGUUUGUUUAUUGUAAGAGAAUAAACAGGUUAGAAAAGGAUCAAUUAGCUGGCUGGCAGUUUUGUGUACAAUAGUGCAGCAAAAACUAGAAAUUAUCUUUUUAUAGUUUCAUUUGUUUUUCAUGGAUCCUUUUGCAGUAGAGCAAAGAAAGCUAGGAUCUUUUUAUUAUUCACUUUCUAUGAGAAUGGUGAAGAAGAUUGUAUGGUUAGGGGUAGAAGAAAAGCAAGCAUAUUCCAGAUUCAGCUUUCAAGGAUAUUUACUAUCUAGAACAUGUUUAGUGUGUUACAUUUAUAGCUUAAUUGACUUCUUGUGAAUUA